CGGGCCAACGGUUGUGCCUCGCUCGCACCCCCACCCCUGCCCUCUCUUCCUCCCCGGCGGCACGCCGUCGCCGAGCUCGCUCGCAUCGCGACGAAUCAACCGCCGCGCGUGGCCGCGUCAGUACCCUAGCCACCAAUCUCCGACGACCUCGGCUCGUUUUCCUCGAAAUUUCGGGGCCGCGUGACACCUCCCAUCUGCUACCGAGAGGGGCGACGUCGGGAUGUCGUUCCGAGGCGGCCGUGGGGGGAGGGGAGGCGGCGGGAGAGGCGGCCGAGGAGGCCGCGGCGGGAGGGGAGGGUUCGGGAGCUCGAUGCUCCACCAGGCCAAAGAGCACUCUCCCUACGAGAACUUCCCGGAGAUCACCCUGCCGGAGAUGACCUGCGCCAAGGCGACCAACGAGGAGAAGGCUCUGAUACUCUCCACACUGAAACUGGAGGAGUUUCUGAGGAAUUCCUGCUACCGCCUAGAGUUGGAAGCCCCCAAGAAAAAGGAUGAAGACAAAGAGAUUGAAAGAUUUUCUGAUAGGAAACGCAAGACACAAAGCAAACGUGAAGCUCUUGCAUCAUAUCUCAAACUAACUCCUUCAAAUUUCCCUGUGGAACUCUUACAAGGUUCUAGACGAGUGCAACCAAGCAGCAAGAAACUUCGGUGGGAUAGAGACUCAGAUGAGCAGGCAUUUGAUGUAUUUGAGAAGCUCGAAGAGAAGUACAAGGAUGGAGAAAAGAAGACCGAAAAAGAUGGUGAUGGUGAUGAGGAGGAGGAUGAUGAGCAGGAAUCAGCAGAGGAGGAAGAAAGUUCAGAUGAUGAUUACAAUCAGAAUAUUGAAUUUGAUGAUGAUGACGAUGACUGGAAUCAAAAGGAAGAAGCACAUGAAGACUACUAUGAUUAAUGAUCACUGGUCUCGGAGAAUAUCACUGGUCUUGGAAAAUAUUAACCCCUUCGCUGAUGUUUAGUUUUCUUGAUAUUUCUUCUUUGUUUCAACUCAUUGAGCAUUUUUUGUUGGGAGUGGUGCCUAGUUAGGUAAUUUGAAAUAGUUAUUCUUUGUGAGUCUUUCUGUCAAAGAGGUCAUAUGGUUUAUCAGAAACUCAGGCAUGUCUGAUUAGGCUGCCAAUGUUUCUAUUGCGCUGUACAAGCACUGAUUCAUCUGUCA